CCUCUCAGGGCGCGGACCCACAAGAAGUUUUUGGCGGCUUCGCUGGAGGCCGUUGGCCGCGCAUGCGUAGUGAGUCACUGCAAGGACCUGCGUUGGUGGUGAACGUUCCUCCCUCUCACAACUCCCGGCAUCGGCACCGUCUUCCUGCUAAUGACUCUUCAAACAACGUGGUCUUGACUUAAGACACGCAUCUCUCGGGCCUGGUCCCGAAAGACCUGGGCCUAGCUCCCAAGCCUUCCAGACCUUUCCCUCCCAGUCCUGGCUCCAUAGGGUCUUUCAGCUUCUGCCUCUCCCUUCCGAAAGCACAGCCCGCCGCUCACAGUCCCUCGCUUUCGGUAGGCGCCUUUCCACCGGGUCCCUUAACGAGUACUUCUAGCCACGCCCCUCGCAAGUCCGUGAAACUACGGCCUCGGCAGUAACCAGGCCACAACAGUGAGCUUGGAGAACCAAGGACAGGUCGGGCACUCCAGCAGGAGCGCCGCCCCCCCCCCCCCCACCUUUGGCCAAGAUGCCUUUGGGACUCUCUGCAGGGAGCACCCGCUCCGAGGAUGGAACCGAGGCCUUCCUGGAAGGAAUGGCGGAUUGGGAGCUGAGCCGACUUCGACGGCAGUGCAAAGUGAUGGAGGGAGAGAGGCGGGCUUACAGCAAGGAAGUCCACCAGCGCAUCAACAAGCAACUUGAGGAGAUCCAGCGCCUGGAGGGGGUGCGGGAUAAACUUCAGGUGCAGAUCCGCGUGGCCCAGAGCCAGGUCAAGCGGCUGCGGGACAGCGAGAGGCUGGAGAACACUGGUCAUCUGCUGAAGUGUCGGGUCCGGGUGCAGGCCGAGGUCAAGGAGCUACAGGAGCAGACCAGAGCCCUGGACAAGCAGAUCCAGGAGUGGGAGACCCGGAUCUUUAACCACAGUAAGGAUAUCAAGGCCCCGGGACUCGUCCUGGAUCAGAAGGUCAAGAUCCGGCGAAGGAUCAAGAUCCUAGAAGACCAGUUGGACAGGGUCACCUGUCGCUUUGACAUCCAGCUGGUGCGGAAUGCGGCCCUGCGGGAAGAGUUGGACCUCCUGCGCAUUGAGAGGAACCGCUAUCUGAACAUGGACCAUAAGCUGCAGAAGGAAAUCAGCGCCCUGCGACGCACGGUCAGCGCCCUAAUGGUCUCUUCUGCGGCCGCCUACACCGUCAGGGAGGAGGUGAAGACCAAGCUAGGCCUGCUGCGGGAGAGGGCGGAUAAGGAGGUGGCCCAGAACGAGACGGAGCUGCAGACCCUGCAUCGGCACAUAGCGCACCUGGACCAGUUCCACCGCUUCCUCAAGCUCAAGAACGACGAGCGGCAGCUGGACCCCGCCGUCGUGGAGAAGCGCGAGAAGCGGGCCCGGGAGGUGGCCGAAGGCCUCCGGAAGACGUCCCAGGAGAAGCUGGUGCUGCACUGCGAAGAUGCCAUGAACAAACUGUCCCAGCUGACUGGGGAGAGCGACCCGGACGUGCUGGUGGAGAGGUACCUGGAGAGGGAGGGGCGCAACUUCGCGGAGUUCACCUUCAUCAAUGAGCAGAACUCGGAACUGGAGCGCCUGCAGGAGGAGAUCAAGGAGUUGCAGGAGACCUUGGCGAGCACCCGCCGGAGCGAGGAUAACCUUCGCGAGCAACGAGAGCAGCAGCGAAGGGCCCUGCAGCAGCGAACCGACGAGGUGCGCGCGGAGGCCGACCAGGUGGAGGCCCGCUUCCAGGACCUUCGGGGGCAGCUGGAGAAGCUCAAGGCCGACAUCCAGCAGCUCUUCACCAGGGCCCAGUGUGACAACACCAUCAUCAAGGACCUCCUGGGGGUCAAGACCCACAUGAGAGACCGGGACAUCAGCCUCUUCCUGGGCCUCAUCGAGAAGCGGCUGGUUGAUCUCUUGACGGUGCAGGCCUACGUAGACGUCCGGGUGGAGACCCCCACCCCCUCCAGCUUGGCUAACGCUGCCCUCCUGGUUCUGGGCCAGAGCCCCGAGGAUCUUCCAAAGAAGCUGGCCCCGCCGCAGCUCCCUGACAAUCCGGACGACCUCCCAGGCUUCGAGGCCAAAGACGACUAUCCGAUGAGCAAGGAAGAGCUGCGCAGCCAAGUGACGCAGUUGCUCGAGGCGCAGGAGCAGCAAGAGAAGGAAUUAGCCGAGGCCUUGAGGAAGGUCAACAGCAACCUGAGCGUCUCCAGCCUCCCCAGCAUCGAGAGGGUCAGCUCGGGCUCGCCCCUGACGACCGUCAAGAGCCCCAGCGGGGUCCCCGGGUCCAUCCUGAGCCAGAGGACUAGUGGCGUCCUGGCAUCCAGUGGAGACCGCACCACGAGCACCAACGUCGGCCGCGUCGCCUUGGGAGAACCCGGCUCCAGCACGGGCCGCGUGACCUUUGGUUCCGCCAGCGCCGUGGGGGCGCCCGUGUCCAGCCGGGGCUCGACUGGGGGCCGCGUGACCUUCAGACCCCCCAGCUCUAGUAGCUACCUGGGCUCCACCGGAUACUUGAGGUCCAGCGGAGGCCAGGACAGCCCCGUGGGUGCGGAGAGCAGGGGCACCGGGUCAGAGUCAAGCGCAGGCCCCGGGACCAGCACCAGCAAAGACUAGCGGCCCGCCCCCCCCCCCCCCCCUUGCCCUUGGCUCCCUGCAGGCCCCUCUCUGCCUUGAGAUUUCCCCGCGACCCUCCUGGUUCCAGGCCCUCUGUGAGUCUUUGCUCCGCAUCUGUCUGCCCGUGCCCUUCCCGUUGUCCCUGUGUCCAUCCGCUGGCUGUCGUCUCCUCAGCGAUGUCUCCUGGUCCCUUUCUCUCUUUCCAAACCCCCCCCCCAUUUCCCUUCCUGUCUCCCCAUUUCCUGUCGUCUUGGCUUCCCAUUCAGUGUGUGUUUCUGUCUCCUGUUCACAUCUCUACCCCCAUCACUGCUGGUCCCCCGCCUCCCCGGUCCUGUGUCUGCUUCCCCACUUCUAAUUCCCUCUCCUGUCUCUACCUGCCGGGCUCUCCUUGUGCCUCAUGACCCCGUCUCUGCAGCCCCUCGUUCCUCGCCCUCCCCCCGGAGCCCCAGGACUGCCCCCCGCCCCCCCAGGACUGGGAAGCAGGGGAAGACUUGGAGGAAAGAUGUCAGGGUCAGCAUGAGCUGCAGCCCUAGAAAAUAAAGGUCAGAGCCUGUUACCCCAGCCCAGUUACAGGUGUAUAUGUGGGCGACCAGGCUGGACACAUGGCGGUUCCCUUUACCUCUGGCCCAGGGGGAAAUGUAUGACCUUUGUCCCUACUCCCUGCAAUUCAUUCGUUCUUAUUUAUUUAUUUAUUUAUUUAAUCUAUCUGUCUAUUUAUUUAUUUUUGAGACCUCCACAUUUCAGGCUCUACUGAGAACUGGGGUGUAUCAGUCAGGAUGGGUUGGGUUAUGCUGCAGUAACGAACACCCCCCCAGGAUCUCAGUGGCCUUAUACUGCAAAGGCUUAUUACUUGCUGGUGUUCCUGGUCUUUUGUGGGUCCCCUAAGGGCUCUCCUCUGCGUCACCUUUGUGACCCAGGCCGGUGGCACAGCAUCCGCCUGGAGCGUUGCUAAUUCUUUGGCCCUGGGAAACAGAGAAAGUGGUAAGGCUGACAAAGUUCUUUUUUUUUUUUUUUUUAAUGUUUAUUCAUUUUUGAGACAGAGAGAGACAGCAUGAAUGGGGGAAGGUCAGAGAGAGAGGGAGACACAGAAUCUGAAACAGGCUCCAGGCUCUGAGCUGUCAGCACAGAGCCCGACGCGGGGCUUGAACUCAUGGACCGUGAGAUCGUGACCUGAGCCGAAGUCGGAUGCCCAAAUGACUGAGCCACCCAGGCGCCCCCUAGGCUGACAAAGUUCUUACGGCUUCCGUGUGGAUAUGAGCCGUGUCACUGGACUUGCAUUUAUUGACCCAAGUAGGUCAUGUCAUGAUGUGUGACUUCAAGAAUUUUUUUUUUCUUAAUGUUUGUUAAGUUUUGAGAGACAGGGUUAGAGACAGAGAGCGAGCACGAGUGGGUGAGGGUUAGAGAGAGAGGGAGACACAGAAUCGGAAGCAGGCUCCAGGCCCUGAGCUGUCAGCACAGAGCCCGAUGUGGGGCUCAAACCCACGAGCUGUGAGAUCAUGACCUGAGCCGAAGUCGGACGCUUAACCGACGGAGCCACCCAGGCGCCCCCGAUGAUGUGGAACUUCAAAGAAGGGUGGGAAAUGCAAUCUGUCCAUGUGUCUGGAAGGAGAGAGAGAGAGAGAGAAGAAUAUUUGUGGACAGCCCUAAUGCCUGCUGCAUGGCCCCAGAGAUCGAGCAGACUGUCUCCCUUCCUGCUGGGGUUGGGGAGGUGGUUUGGGAAGGAGAGGGUUAGAACACCACGGGUCACUCUUUCUGGCCGUUGAGUCCUGCUGAAUGCCCUGUCUAAAUUUAAUCUAAAUCCAGACUGAAGAUUAAAAUUGGCAUAGUUUCUCAUUUGUUCAGAUAAUCCAGUCUUCCCCUCCCAACAUCCUGCCCCCGUCGGUAAAUAUUUAACAACUCGGGGCACUGGGGGCUCAGUUGGUUGAGUGCCCAACUCUCGGAUUUCGGCUCAGGUCAUGAUCUCAUGGUUCGUGGGUCCGAGCCCCGCGAUGGGCUCUGCAUUGACGGUGAGGAUCCUGCUUGGGAUUCUCUCUCUCCUUCUCUCUGCCCCUCUCCCCCCUCAAAAUAAAUAAACUUAGAACAAAGUGGAAGUUGCCUUCAAAUUUUGACAGCAAAAAAGUAAAUAAGUAAAUAAAUAAAUCCUAAUACAGGAGACCCCAUGUUUCC